AUGGCCCAGCUCUGGAACCAAGACCCGGAACACCACGCAUCCGUCGCGAGGGAGAUAAAGCCCCUGCAACGGACCGACUCGACGCACUCGCGCUACGUGCAGAUGCUCCUCGACGUGGACGACAUCCCGCUCUCGCACAGCCUCCUAGCCUCCUUCUUCGCCUGGCUCCUGCUGGCCGGGUUCCUCGUCCUCCCCGGCACCUUCAUCACCCUGCAGAGAUCCGUCGAGGGCAGGCACCCCGACCCGGCGGCCGACGGGAUCCUCAAGGGCGUGGCAAACAUUCCUCUGCUGGUGACUGCGGCCGUUGCGUGCGCCGUGUCCUUUGUUGGCAUGGGGGUCCUCGCGCUGCGCCACCGGGACAACUACGUCUGGUUGCUCAACAAGCUCGUCAUGCCGGGCGUGGCAAACUGCUUGGCCGGCCUCAUCUCUACCUUGGUCGGCGUCUACUCGCAGCAGCGUGGGGAUUGGAGCGUCAUGGCCGAGGUGACGGCCAUUGUGGAGGGGGCGUGUCUGGCCCUGGCCGGCGGGUUGUUUCUGUUCUUUGAGAGCUUUCUUUUGAGGAGGGUUCGAAAGGACCACGGCACGCAUUAUGGCGAUUCGUCACGCGAGGAUUUGACGAGGAAUACCGCGGCUGCAAGGAAUUUCUAG